GAUACAAUACAAGAUUUUCAAACUACCAAAAUUUCAGCCAACUUUUACUAAUAAUUUCAGUCGCUUUCUCUGCCUCACUAAGUAAAUAGACACAGGAAAAUCAAAUCUAGGAACAACCAAACUUGAGAUCCACAAUUUCGAAAAGCUGAAUAUAUAUUUAUUCUCCAAAUACAUUGGUUUAAUUUAGCAAAUAUGAAAUUUUCACUUAUCAGUACCAUUGUUUUCAAACAAGAUAUAUUAAUAUAAAUACCAGCUCCACUCCUCCAUUUCCAUAGCUCAACAAGAAACUUAUCAUUCAUUUUCCUCUAAUCCUUCUUUAAUUACCUCUUCUCCAAAAAUGGCAAUCAAGGUCCAUGGCCACCUCAACUCAACCGCAACACUAAGAGUUCUAGCUUGCCUCAACGAGAAAGGGCUCGACUACGAGUUCGUCCCGGUUAACAUGAGCACUGGUGAGCACAAGAAGGAGCCCUUCAUCUCUCUCAAUCCCUAUGGGCAAGUCCCAGCCUUUGAAGAUGGAGACCUCAAGCUCUUUGAAUCUAGGGCCAUAAAUCAAUACAUAGCACAUACCUAUGCCGACAGUGGGACUGAGUUCAUAUGCAAGGAUCAAAGAAAGAUGGCAACCGCCUUUGUUUGGUCGGAGGUGGAGAGUCAGAGAUAUGAACCUAUAGCCUUCAAGCUAACCUGGGAACUUGGUGUUAAACCAUUAUUGGGGAUGAGUACAGAUGAUGCCGUUGUCCUAGAGCAAGAAGUCGAGCUGGCUAAGGUUCUUGAUGUGUAUGAAGAUCGUCUGGUGCAGUCCAAGUACUUGGGUGGUGACUGCUUCACUCUAGCAGAUCUCCAUCAUCUCCCGACACUGCACUUCUUGAUGGCCUCACGAAUUAGAGCUAUCUUUGUUUCACGCCCUCAUGUGAGUGCUUGGAUUGCGGAUAUCAUGGCAAGGCCAGCUUGGCAAAAGGUUGUUGCCACGCAUAACAACCAGUGAGCUCCAAGGGUCUUCAUUUUCGUAAUAUCAGUUUCUCCUUUCCUGUUGAAUAUCUUAAAUCAGAAAAUUUGGAAAAAGUGUGUCAACGAGUCAUGGAACUCAAUAAUCUAAAUCUCAGCUUUCCAUGUUCCAAAGGACCACAAGAAAGAAAAAGAACUCUAUAUUUUGCUGCUUA